AUGAAGACUCGUAAUCGAACUCUCUGGUUCGUUCGACAUGGCGAGCGAGUAGAUAACAUUGACCAAACAUGGAAACACACAGCGAAACGAUGGGAUGAUCCACCGCUUAGCAUACGAGGGCACCAACAAGCUCGUGAAGUCGGUGUGGCUUUGGCCGCAGACACAAUCGACUACGAAAUCUUGUCAAAACGAAAAACCUCGCCUCCACUUUGGAUUGAACCCGGAAUGGGUGAAUCGUUGAAUGCUUGCAUGACACCACCAGGUCGACCGUCUAUGGAACAGAUCAAAAAACUAACCCCAUAUGUUGAUGACUCUUAUGUACCAGUCUACGAAAGUUUACCACCAGACAUCAUUGUGGUUUUAUUUCAUAUAAUACUCUGCCCUGAAAAAUUGUGCUAG